AUUUAAAGUGAGGCUGCUUUGGCUUAUUGUUGGUGUCGCGUUUAGCCUUUGCUUUUCUCAAUCUGUCCCACAAGCGUGCCUUUCAAAACACCUGUCUGGCUCCAGGAUCGCAACAACUCCGCCUAUGCCAAGGUUGUGAAUAAAACCUAAAAUUCUUAUUGGAUUGAGGACUGACUCUGUAAAUGACGGCUAUGUAACCACUCCCCCUACACCUGAUUGGGGGUAUUUACUUGUCUUUGCAGCAGAGUUGGACUGUUCAAACUGCUCUCUGCUAUGGAGUGACAUUCCAGUGGAAUAUGUAUUAAGGACUACCACCUCCCUAAUUUGUCAUUCUAUGUGAGGACCGUUACGUUUAUUUGCAGUAUUUUUUUUUUGUUACACUUAAAUUAUUUUACAAGAUGCCACGCUCAUUCCUUGUAAAGAAACACUUCAACUCAUCUAAGAAGCCGAACUACAGUGAGCUUGAAGGUCCAACAGUAUUUAUUUCACCAUGCCUUUACAAAAGUCAUCCAUUGCCGCUCAUCGCUCAACCGGAGAUUCUAAGUUCGGUGGCAUAUAACCCUAUCACAGUAUGGACUACGAGCAACUUGCCACUUUCCCCGCUCCCAAGUGACAUGUCGCCUGUGUCGGGAUACCCAUCCUCGCUCUCAGACACGUCCUCCAAGGACCACAGCGGUUCGGAGAGCCCCAGAAGCGAUGACGACGAUCGCAUGCUCACUAAACUCACGGACCCUCACGGGGUGGAGGCUGAGAAGUUUCAGUGCAGUUUGUGUAGCAAGUCCUACUCCACUUAUUCCGGGUUGAUGAAGCACAAACAACUGCACUGCGACGCUCAAACGAGGAAAUCUUUUAGCUGUAAAUAUUGCGAGAAGGAGUACGUCAGUCUUGGAGCUUUAAAGAUGCACAUCAGAACUCACACGCUGCCUUGUGUCUGCAAGAUAUGUGGCAAAGCUUUCUCCAGACCGUGGUUGCUGCAGGGGCAUAUUCGAACACAUACUGGCGAGAAGCCCUUUUCCUGCCCACACUGUAGCAGGGCCUUCGCCGACAGAUCCAACCUCAGGGCUCACCUCCAGACCCAUUCGGAUGUGAAAAAAUACCAGUGCAAAAACUGUUCCAAAACCUUCUCCAGAAUGUCUCUUCUACACAAGCAUGAGGAAUCUGGUUGUUGUGUAGCACACUGAGCUGGGAUGCAGCCCCCACACCGCAGCCUUCAAUGUCAGGUUUCAGUGUCACCGGCAGCGCUCAAAAGGUGAUGUGAAGGCUCGAUCGAACAUUGCAUCCGCAUGCUUAUGCUGAGAGAUUUUGUUGUCGUUUGUCGUUGUUGUUGUUGUUGUUGUUGCUUCAGAAUGUCUGCUACAUUUGUGUGUAAAGGAACGAACCCGAGUGAAAGAGCCUUGCAACAUCGUGUGGCCUUUCACAUGCUUUCAUCUGAACAGUAUUCUUGCUGUGGCAAUCAGUGGUAGGCCUCUGCCUUCAGGAUACUGUAAAUGAACCUCUGGGAGGGCCAAGGGGGUUUUGUAAUGUAAGCCCUGAGAAAUGUUUUAUUCCAAAGCCAAGUUGCCUUAUGGGAUAGAUUUCUGGUGUGGUCGCCAUUGUAUUUAAUUGAGAAAACAUUCUGACAUUCCACGUGGUUUAUGGUUGAACAAAUGAAAGAACUGGUGCCUUCUGUGAGGAAUAGCUGAAGCCAUUACUGCAUUGGAAAAAAAAAGUGCUAAAUGUUCCUGUUGUUUUUAUAAAAGGAAAGUAUUUCAUCUGUUGCACAAUAGUGAGACAACAGCAGUUUACCAGCACUCAAAUUGCAAUACUUUUUAAUAAGUGCCUACAAUGAUUUGAUGUUUCUUAUGUUUUUAUAAGCAUUUUUUGCUAUUGUAUUUUAUAAAUAUAUAUAUAUUUUGAAUGUAUGUGUGACUGAAGUGAUUGUAUCUUGAUGGUGUGACUUUCUAAACUGAAUGAAUGAAUGAAUUUCAGAACUGUUCUUUUUUUACACUUUUUAAAUAAAAUGAAAGAAUGUCCUAAAAAUGUCAAUUUUAUUACACCAA